AUGUCAGGCGCUUUGAGUAAACGGCAGCAGGCGCGCAAUGAGCGCACCCUUCAGGAUCUCAUCAAGUCGGUGCCAGGAAACAACACAUGCGCGGAUUGUCAAGCUCGGAAUCCAGGAUGGGCUAGCUGGAGCUUGGGUAUCUUCCUCUGCAUGCGGUGCGCCGCUCUCCACAGAAAGCUUGGGACACACAUUACAAAGGUCAAAUCGUUGAGCAUGGACUCUUGGUCGAAUGAACAAGUCGAGAAUAUGAAGCGCGUUGGAAACAUUGCUUCGAAUCGAAUAUAUAAUCCUCAAAAUGCCAGGCCACCGAUUCCCAUCGAUGCCGACGAAGCAGACUCAGCUAUGGAGCGGUUUAUAAGGCAGAAAUAUCAAGAGAGGGCUGUGACGGCACAAGCACGAAAUAAUACAGGGAGCACGAAUUCAGAUGACCAGCCUCCGCCGUUGCCGCCGAAACCUGGGAGUAGAUUUGGCUUCAGAUCAGCAUCCUCCAUCUUUCCCAUGUCUUCGAAGUCUAAAAGAGAAGCAGAGAUCUCACGACAGCAAUCACCAUCUCCACCAAGGAGUAAGCCAUCUCGAAUCUUUGGUACAUCGGUGGCGUCUGAUGGGAAAGAUGAUCUGGAAGCAAAGAUGGCUAAGCUACGAGAUAUGGGUUUCACGGAUGAGCGCAGGAAUAUGGCAGUCUUGAAAGGACUUAGUGGCAACCUUGAAAAGUCUAUUGAGACUCUGGUCCGUCUUGGGGAGGGUGGAGGAGCUCCAGUACCUGCUAGAGAGACGCCUACCCCUUCACAAUCACGGGCGCCCAUGGGUGCUGGGUUAACAAUCAAUCGGACUCGAGAAGCAAGCUCACCGAAGGUAUCAAACAACCCAUGGGAAGUGCUUGAUAAUCCACCACCCGUAGCGCAACCUCAGUCCUCGCAGUCGACUGGCUCUUUGGCUCGGUCGCAGAACCCGAUGAUGGGCAACAAUCCCUAUCAGCAGACCCAAUCUACCAACCCAUUUGGUCUCGCUCCAUCUCAGUCACAAUACAACUUAAACCAGGCUUUUCAGAGCAUGUCUGUGUCAUCAUCUCAACCACCACUCUUUCCCCACCAUACUGGUGGUUUCCCGGGGCCACAACCCGCCCAGCAUCAACAGCUCUAUCAACAAUCCAUGACUCCUCCCGUCCCCUCAUUACCUCAGCAAUACUAUCCUCCUGUGAUCUACGAGAAUUCUGCCCAACAACCACAGCAGCCACAGCAGACCAACAGUUACAACCCGUUCAUGCAGCAAUCCCAACAACCUCCAACACUGAACACAAAUGUGCCGAGUAACCCGUACAUCCAGCAGCUGGCAACUCCUCAGAGCCUCUACCAGAGUCCCAUCGAGCAAUCGCCUCAGCAGCAGUACCCCUCCUCUUCACCAUUCUACCAGAAUGGUGCUCAGGCGCAGCUACAGCAGCAGCAAAUGAAUCCAUACUUCAACCAGGCUGCUCAGAACAACGCGCAACAACAAACUCAACCACAGAUGAACCCAUUCUUUCAGAACUCUCAAGCACAGCAAGCACCACCGCAAAACUAUGAUUUCCAGUCCCAACAACAACCUCAAUAUCAGCAGUAUCGCCAGCAAACGCUUCCUCUGAUGGCGCAGCAGACUGGGAAAGCAGAUAAGCGGAGCAUUUUGGACUUAUACAACUAUCCUCAAUUAGCUCCUGCCCCUCACCAGCAACAGCAGCCUCAACAGCAGCAACAGGACCAGGGACAAGCACAAGUUCAGAAUCUAUCAGUUCCUGGGUCACAGAGCUUCCAGCCACAGCAAAGAAGUGUGUCCAGCCCUUUGUCAAUGCCAACUGGAAGUAAAAAUCCAUUUGCAUCAAGUGGAGGUAGUAUGCAGAGUCCAGGAGAUACACUGGGCCAGAUGCCGAAUUUCGCACCGAAUCCAAAUGGGUCACGACAUGUCAGCCAGGAAAGCAUGAGCGUUGAUGCUGGAGGAUGGAGCAACGGUCGUCAUUCCCCAGAUGCAUGGGGAUCGAUCAGUGCAAGAUCUUUGAGAUAA